AUGCUAGCUGUCCGUACGGCAGCUCGGAGCCGGAGGGAAAGGAGCUGGAAGAGCCUCCCGCCGCGCCCCGCUCACCCACAGCCGCGCUCCGAGCCCCCCGGGCGACAGCGGCACCGCUCCCCGCCUACCCACCGCCCGCAGCGCACGGCGACGCCCCCCGCACGCUUCCGAACGCGCUUCUUCCACCCAAAGCCCAGCUCCGCACCGCCGUACCGGCACCGCGAGCCGCCCCUACCUCCGGCACCGCGUUCCGAGGGAGAAGCCGCUCCCGGGCAGGCCGCGAGCGCCAAGCCGCACCGAGCGCUGCGCAGCGACAGCCCCGCCCCGCCGCCACGGCAGCGAGCGGCGCCCAGCUCACGUGACACGCGCGGCCGCCACGUGAUGCCGCCCCGCCGCCCUGUUAAGCCGGCAGCGAUGAGGGCGGCCGGUUCAGCUGUGCGCCGCUUCAUAGCGCGCGGAAAUCGCGUUUCGGUGACUUCGCUGUUCACGGGGGCCGCACUUAGCGCUAAACUACCCCCGCCAUUUUCAUUGGCAGAGACUUGCACCUGA